AUGGUGCAAGUCGAUGCCAUUGGUGUUCCCAAUAGACAUAAGCUAAGAAAACCUUUUUGCAAUCCCUUUAAGUCUCAAAUACCCCAGAAAGCCCUUCACUAUGACGUUGGUAUUGAUGUCAAUAUUCAAUAUAAAACAUGCUAUACAAACAACAGAUCAAUCACUGGCUCCAAAGAAGGAAGGGAGAAUGGGCCAGGUGCGUGGAAAGCAGCCAGAUCAAUGUCGACCGUCAUAAAUCAGUUAAGAUUGUCGUUGACAGCGUCAAGACAGAAAGCUGUUGCUCAGUCUGACGUCCAAGAUGAUUAUCCUAAAUCCAUCCUCAUACCAGAGAACCAACGAGCCUUAGCCGCCCAGGGAUUUUACACACAACAUCUUGGAUUCAAACAAAAGCCCGGUCAAAGUUCAAAUUCAGAAACUCCCAAGUUAACUGAAGAACAGCUGAAAUCACAUACUGAGGCUGAAAAUAACAAAUUCCAGGAUGCAGCUGCCAAACGCAAAAUGUUCCAAAAAACACAUUCCAAAAAAUGGAGUUUAGUGAAAGAUAGAUGUGAAGAUGAGAAUGAAGACUCUUCAGCCAGUUUUGAUUAUAGCAGGAGUAUGGAUUUCAGUACCUCAAAUUCCAUGGAUAGUUCUGAUAACCCAUUUAGUCCAGACAUCCACACAUCUUCCAUUUCAGACUUGAGACGCCAAAUAGACUUAGACAUUACUAAGAAAAUGGAGGAUGCUUAUUUUCCAUUCGACAUAAACAGUUGUGAAAAUGUUGGUAUUAGUGAACUACGUAAACAUCAUGUGGAUAGGUUAAGUCUUGAUGAGGAUGACGGUGAUUAUUCAGUGUCGCCACCUAUAUCAAAACAAUCCACAGUGGAACGCGUGAAGACCUUAUCUUCUGGUUCUGCUCAAGGAGGACCAGUCGAUCAUGUGAAAAUAGUUGUGUCACAAGAUAUUGACAAUGAAAAUGUGUUUGAGGGUGAUGGAAUCAAACCAGAACAUAAGACUGAGUUGGAAAAUAUGCAAUAUUUAAGUAUUGGAUCCGUGGGAAGUGAUCGUCUGUCAGACACAGAGUCGUCUUCAGAUCAUACCGUGGUUGAUAAAGCUUCUAGUCUCGAUAGUCCUGAUAUCAUUGAAAAUAAUCAAAAUCACAUUAAAUUCCCUCCCUCGUCUUCCAACCAGUAUCAUGAAAAUGUAGCAGAAGCUAAAUCUGUACCAGAUGAAAAUGAUAAUUUGAUCUGUUUUGUUAGGGCACCAAUAAAUCAAGAAACACCAGGCAGUCAUUACUCUCCAGUUCAUGGAGAAGACCUGUCAAGGAUGGGUAGUCUACAGUCAGAUAGUAGUGGGUUUGGUGAUGCUGAAUAUGGUGCUGAUGGAACUCCCCAUGAAUCAGAACUCUUGAAGUUCUCUAAUCCCGGCAGUUCAGGAAGUAGUUGUGAGAGUGCUGCCACUCUAGCCAGUAGUGUUUCAACUAUAUUGUCUCGUGAUCUAGACAAACACAAUUCACAAUUCUCUCUGGACGAGGGAGACAUUCUUAGUCAAAUGCCAACUUUCUCGUGGCAAUCAGGACCUUCAUGGAAAGAUGAGAUAAACGAAGACCUACAAUCCAAACCAAAACAAACUUACAUUUCGACAUGUUAUAUUCCAAUAGCUGGCAAGAAUUUUAGACAACCAUAUUCCAUGUUUCACCGUCCAGAAAUCAAAGCUGUAGACAAUCAUGUUUCAAUUUUAGUCACAAAUGCCAGCGUGGAGCGCAGCGAGGCACGAACUUGUGAAACACGAGAAACUGUGUAUAAAGAUAGUAGAUUGGAACCUCCAGUGCGGGAGAGCAUAUUUAAAGAAUUGAUGUCACCUAGCAACAGUUCAAUAGCAGCCAAUAGUGAUGGUUAUCUGUCUUCACCAGAGCUUGGUUUCGGGCACAGUUGGAAAAAAACUGGAUAUCACCGAUCACAAUUCUCCAAAUCACGUUUUAGAUAUGGAUCUGGAGAUUCAAUUUUGUCUGAAAGUGAUUAUUCGUAUUGUUCCACGCCUGAUAGUAUUGCUAGCUGUAACCGAGGAGAUAUGAUGGAUUAUCAUAAAUUAAUUAAGUUGAUAAAUCAACCAGUGAAUAUACAGGGUUACAAACGAAGCAUUAUUCAAUAUAAACCCAAAAAACAUGUCAAAGAAUGGAAUAAUUUAUUACGCAAAAAAAGGUUACAAGAAGAAACAUGUAUGUUACAAUACGCCAUACAGAAAUAUAAAACAGAGUUACAUUCCCUUGAAACUGCUUUCAUGGUUCAGUUUCAACAAGCUUAUGAAGAACUUUCGGAAGAAGAAAGGGAUGAAGUGGAAGAGUUACAACAUUUAUGGACAGCUAUACAUCAACAAUUAUUAGAAACAGAACGUUUACUAUCCCAGAGGUUGAAAAAAAUUAGUAGUGGCAAUGAUUUCUUUACCUAUAUCUCAUCAUUAAGUGUUUUACAAAGGAUGAUAUUGUUAUUAAGAGAACAGUUAUAUCAACAACAGAUAACAGUAGGUAAAGAAGAUGUUGAAGUUGUUCAUCAACCUGCCCAGCUUCCUUUAUUUAAAUCACAGAGUUGUUUAGGGUUAAAUCUACCACCACCCUUCACUUCAUCUUACCAUAACCCUACCCUAGUACCUUCUCGAGUGGGACACAGUUUAGAAGAGCUACGUGAUUCAAUAAUAAAGGAUGUACGAGAGGAGAUAGACAAAAGUACACAAAAUCUUCAUUCAGAUAUGAAGAGUAAAGAAGAAGAAAUCCAGAGAUUACAGUUUGAAUUAAUGGUGGAGAAAUAUAGAAAAGAAGAUAAUCAUAAUUCUGUUGUAGAAACUGAUGUUUAAAUUCCAAAAUAUAUUUACAAGGCCAGUCAUCUACUUGACACCCCCUAGACUUUUAUUGAACUCAUCCACACAUGCAUUCUUCAAAUCAACAAGAAACUGUACACAAGCUCACAUGUUUCUUGUUGUUGUUAAAUCCAUUCCAAAAGAUAUAAGUACAAGGCUGAAUAUAAUGUCAUCUAUACACCCCAAGACUUUCUAUUGAACUCUUCAACCCAUGCAUACCUUUCAUCAAUAAAUGACCUAAUAUCUAUGAUUGGAAGAGCUUACCUGUAAAAUUAGGGGUGUUUUCUGUUACCUGUCAAAUUAAAUUCAUUCCAAAUAUAUUCAGUAAUAUGUGCAUUACAUAAGAGAAAUCAUAAUAUUUUAAUGGUGCUGAUUAUACAUCUAGAUUAUUCUAUGUCUGAGAAUCUCUGACCCUGUCCCAGUGGUAAGGUUUCUUAGACUAGGUUCUUAUAUAUAAUUUUGUUAAAAUUAUUGCCAUAUUUUGUGAACAAUUUGUCAAAAAUCGAAUUCAAAAUUCUCUCAUCAGAUUAUAAUGAUUUUCAUAAUUGUUACAAGAUGAUUUGAAAGUUAAAAUUGAUUAAGAAAUGGAAAAUACUGCAACUGUAAAGCUUUGGUAUUAAAAUAUUGCUAUAAAUAUUAUAACUUUGAUGUUUCCAAUGAACCUUAUAAAUUAUGGUUUACAAUAUUUUCAUUCCUUUUCAAGUUUAUUAUCUGACAUUUCAUUUGUCAGAUUCAUUUUUAGAAUUAGAAUUUUUCAUUUCUGACAUAUUUUUAUAUUUGUCAGAUUUUUUCAUAUCUAAAUUCGACAUAUAUAAUUAUAUUUGUCAUUC